GCUAAACACAGACACGCUACAUGGUGGUCAUACAGGGGCGUGUUCAAGAUAAGAACGACGACAUGGCCAGAACGAAAACGAUUACGGUACCCGCAACCCAGAAACCAGCGACACGGAGUACGACGACGGCGAUCCCGAUGAGCCAAACGGCCCUACACGUCCCUGAGCAGAGCGUCUCCAACUCACCUGGAAGAGACACGACUGGAGAACGUCCACGUACGAGUGAUGGCGACGAAGAGACUAAGGGCGAUAAUGACGAUACGGACGUACAGCUGGAUCCGGAAACCGGCGGUUCCCAGGAUAACCCAACCAUGAUACACCACCCACUACCAAACGACCAGUGAUGAACGCGAACACGAGUACAGGCGCCGCAACCACGACGGCAACCGCGACAGAAGGCGAAAUGACAGCGCUGUCGGCAGUACUCUUACAAGUCUCCGAAACGAUGAACAGGAUGACGGCGCGUCUGGACAACCUGGAGAUGGCCGUGGCGACAACCAUGAGUCAAGCAACACCGGCGGGGUCGGCAGGAACGACGACUGGAACUACGAACGCAGUGACGGCACCAACGGUAGACACCCGACACGUGACGUACAGGCGCAGCACUGAUGGCGGAGACGGAGGUGACAGCAGCUCCAGCGAGGAUUCGGACAGCAGCAACGAUGACGACAAUGGAGAUUCGGCCGGCGACUCUCACGGUAUUGGCGCAGGACGAGUUUCACGCGAACGAAGCAUGGUGCCGACCUCUCGACGCGGACGCAGGAAUAACAUUAGAGACUUGGAACUCACGCCGUUCCAGCCGUCACC